AUUUUUAUCCGAUUCAAUGUUAGUGGUGAAGGCAGACAAUAAGUUUUCUUUGCCUUGCUGUUUGACCUUUUCAUUCCAAUUCAUUUGUUUCUAGAGAAAGAUGAAAAAGAAAAUCCAUUUGAAUAUUUUCUUGGUCUUCAAGCAUUCCGACCCUUAGAAACCCAUACCAAAAAAUGGGUAUGUGCUCUCAUCAUCUUCCAAGUACUUGGUCAAAAGCUCAAUCCCUUAUGUAGAGGGUUCCAUUUGAUUCGUUGACCUAGAUAUUCAUUCUUCAGCUUCGUCUGUUGUGAUCCCAGAAAGAUAAAUAUUGUAGAAAAAGAUGGGAAUUUCAGUGUUUGGCAUUACUGGGUAUUGGUUUUUAGUGUUUGGUCAAGCUUUGGACAAUUUUAUUUGGUAAACAAAUUUUAUUGAGUGUAAUAGAAGAUAAAUUACAUCAGGAAAGUCUUCCAAGGAUGGAGUUUUUUCUUUUCUUUUCUUUUUUUAAAAAUACCCAAACCAAGUUUUAAAUAAUAUUUUCCAAUACUCAUCUUCCAAGGAUGAAUGUUUUGAAGUUAUUUCCUAUAUACUCAUGUUGGUUUUUGGAAGUCAUGUUAUGAAAACACUACUUUAAAAAAGUUAUACAAAAAAUAGUUGAAGUUGUGUUUGCGACUUCACAAAACAAUAUGAGUUUGAGAAAUAAAUUGCAAACGCGUAUUUGGAAAAUAUGAUAUGAAAGAAAUCGCCCAAGGAUGCUGCUUUGCAUACUUGCUGCAGGUUUUUUGUUUUGAGGAACAUUCAAAGGGAGACUCCGCUUGAUUGAUGACCUGGCAGAAAUUUUGAGCAUGUCAAAACUCUCCACUGUUCUGGUGCCUAAAAUUUGAUUAGUAUGAUUCCACUAUGGAGUUAACAAUUUUUUCCUUUCAUGUAACCUUUUCAAAAUCUUCUGCUUUAUCUGCUCUGUUUUUCUCUCUUGUUUCCUGCCCUAUUUCCUCUUCUAAUUUGAUCUAUAUAUGCUUUCCUCCAUUUCAGCUCCUCAUCUAGGAAAGUCUCUCUUCCUCCACACACGAUCUUAAAAGCAUGGACACGUGAUACUAUACAUAUGAAAAUUUUAAAAAUGUAGGAUACGUCAUUGGGAAUAUGCAAAAUAUAUAAUUUUAUAUAUUUAUUUAUGUGGAAACUACUUCUAAAUUCUAAUAGCUUCUAUCUGUUCAGUAGGGUUGAAAAGAUUGGGCCAAUGUGAAGAAUUGUGUGGCUAAGUUUUUUCUGUUACCUUUUUGAGAAAUAUUAUACAGGACAGAACUAACAUUAUUUGCAUGCACUUGAUUGAUACACACACUGCUACUAUAUUUCAAGGAAAAUGUUUAGUGGUUAGCAGCAGAAAAUUUUAGGUGAACCUACUAUCGGAGUAGCUUUGAAACACUGUAUGGUUAUUCACGCCAAAGUCUCUUUAAUUAGCUUUUCAGUGCUUUAAAUUGGUUCAUAACAAACAAUUAGGCACAAUUAGCCCUCUCAGACAAGAGUAAAAGUGCCAAGAAUUGCUUUUGUAGCAAGAACGUUAGGGUGAGUUUGGUUGGUAUGAAAGAGGUGGAAAGUUCAGAAAAUAGAUAUGAGAGUGCUAAAAAUUGCAAGAAAGUUGAUUGUUUUGUGCAACUCAUAUAAAGUAUAUUACUUGACUUUCAGCUUCUUGGAAAUUUUUCUAUUAGGCACAUGGUAUUUUUCUUUUAUAUAGUUUUUUCUAUUGGAAAUGAACCUUUGUUAUCUCAUUUCUCAAAUUUCUUACUAUUUUCUUACAAAAUUUUUAUCUUAACAGAAUGCGUACAAGAAAUUAAUUUUCAGUACUUUCACUUUAUUUUCUGUUACUUUUAUUUUUGACGCUAAUCAAACGCAACCUAAGGAACUAAACAGGCACAUAGACCACUAUUCUUGCCUGAUGAUCCAUACCAAACCUGCAGUUCAAUUGUCAUUCUUUUAGAAUUUUUAAUUUGUGAAUGUAUUUAUGGAGGAAAAAUUGAGAAAGAAAAAAAAUGUUUUUCUCUUAAUCACUUUUUCUCCUCUUUCUUUUCUCUUUACAGAUUUAAGAACCAAAUAUAAGCUUAAGAUGUGUGAAUAAUUUGUAUCUACAAUCAUUCUAAGGUUGUUAAACUCUUCCUAUAUAUUAUUAUAGCAUAUAAACAACUGUAAUUGGUUAGUGAUACCGCCAUAGUAUAACACCAUUAUACUUAAUAUUUAUUCCUAUUAUACCCUUUUUUAUGCCAAACUAAUUAGUGUUCUAUUGUUCAAGCCAAUGGCAGUAAUAUUUCCCUAUAAUAUUAUCUCUAUUAUGAUUGGCAUAAGUUUUGUUAUAGUAGGCCAAUGUUUCAGCACUGGAAUCCUCUGUUCUAAAAAAAAGUGUCGGUCUUGUGUCCCAUCAUUUAUAAUUAUGUGAUCUGAUUUUUUUAAAUUAAAAAUAAAAUAAAAAUCAAAUAGUGUCUCUAUACUACAUGAACAAAGGAUAAAUAUCUUUUUUAUGACACAAGAUUCUGUGCCAGUAAUCCAUUGUUGUUUUGGCAGCAGUAGACUAGCUAGAAAUAUCUAUAUCUUCCUCAAUAAUGCAAAUCAAAAUUUUGUAUACCCUACCCAAGGAAAAUAAUGAGAGGAGCCAUUGGGGGCAAUGGUCAUCACAACAAACUUGCUUCUUGUUGUUGGUACAACAUCAAUCGCUUUAAUUGCUAAAAGUUUUUGUUGGUUGGAGUUAAAAGUCCCGUACAUCAAUAAUGUGGGCAAUCUAUCAAUGGUUGCCGUCACAAUUGAUUUCCACAAUGUUACAUUCAAAAGAAGCCAUGUAUACAAGUUGAAGUUUAGCUAUUGUGAGAUUUGGUGAGUAUCAAAUGUACAUAGUCUUAUUUCUGCAUACAGAGAGACUGUUUCUGUAGUUUGAAUCCUUAACACUAGAUCACAAAUUUGAACUUUCAAUAAGUUAAUUUAUAAUAGACAAAGUUAUGAAAUAAGGCAAUUCAUGCAACCAAAUAUGCCCUGAUAUUGUUUGAGAAUAUGACUUACUGCGUAUACAAUAUAUUAAAUGUUACAAUGAUUCAAAUUGUAUAAAUAACUCUGUUUUUAAUCAGAGAGUAACUAAAGAAUGGGCAUUUAUCAAGUUAAGAAUCACAAAUUGGACAUUAGCUUCCCCUCAAAGCAAAUAAAAUAAACUCAAACAAGUAACCAACUUUUUAAAACUGUUUUCAAAUAGCCUCAACACCACCACCAUGUGAAGAAGCAAAGCACAUAUGCUUUGCUAACAUGUAAACAUGUAAGUAGUACAUUUUUGUUGCUUUGUUGAAGCUCCACCUAACAAUUCUCUCUAUUGUUCAACUCAAUUCAAUCAAAAUCAAACCCAAUUUUCACAAAAAAUGGAACUUGAAUUGGGACUCAAGAUCUCCAGAAAUGUAGAUGAUCUUACCACAGCUAACCUUGUAAUUGCGAAAGACCGAGCCGGUCCUGCUUUUGUAUCUAGGGAAACAGACACCAUGUUCAUCCUCACUGCCCAUCUCAAAGGUUACAAGAGAGAAUACAUAAAGAUAGAGAUAAAUGAGGAUGGGACUCAAAUUGCGAUAAAUGGCGAAAAGCCGGUUCAAGAGACAGUGAUGGUAGGUUGGAAGGUGUACAAGAAUGAGAUAGAGAUGAGAGGCUUUAAAAAGGUUUUUAAGAUUCCAGAUGGGGUGAAUUUGGAUAAAAUCAAAGCAAGGUUUAAGGAAGAAGAAUCGACUCUGACAAUUUCAAUGCCAAAGUUGGUAAAAGGAAUCAGCGGGAUUAGGGUUGAGGAAGUGGAAGAAGUGGAGGCUGCAAGAGCAAGUCCAGAGUCAUCACGAGUUACUGAAAGUGAGAUAUUGCAACAAGAAGAAUAUAGAAAACCAGGUAUUGAAGAAAUCAAAGAAAGUGAUCAAGAUGAUGAAAAAAAGCCCGGUGGGCCUGAAAUUGUGCGCGAUAAAGAGUUUGGAGAAUUGGGUACUGAAAAAGUUGAGCAGGGUGGUCCAAUGGCGGCACACCCAGAAGAAAGUUCAGGCCUAGAGGUUCAUGCAACAAAGAAAGAAAAUCAAGAAGCAGAGAAAGAAAAACCAAGUGAUUCAACAAAACCUGUAAUAGAUCAAGUGAUUCAAGAAAAAGAAAUUCCAAGUGCUCCACUAUUAGUUGAAGAGGCUCAUGAGGAGAGAAGAUUAGAAGAGAGUGUUGAAUCAACAAAAAGUGUGACAAAUCAAGUGAUUGAACAAAAAGAAGUACCAAUUCCUCCACCGUUAGUUGAAAAAGCUCGAGUCGUUAAGGAACAGACUGAUGACGAAAUUCCCCAAGUGGAAAGUGAAAUGCAGGGACGAGAGUUAGAAAGAGAGGAAACACCUCAAGUUAUUGCAGAACCAAAGGAAGACAAAGGUGAAGAAGAAAAUGAUAAAAUUGAAACUUCAAAGAUGAAAGAUCAAGAAGUUCAUGAGCCUCAAGGGAUGGAGAAAGAGAAACGUCUUGGAGACCAAGCAAAUCAAGCGAGGCAACCACAGGAGAAAAGGUCCAGCUUAUGUGUUCCGAUCAUGGCAGGAUCGGCUUUUCUUGUUACUAUAAUUGUGCUUGUGAUUCACUUGAGUAGGACUAAAAGCCCACCUAGCAAAAAGAGAGAUUAGAGCUAAACAUAUGAAAUUGUGUUAUUCCAAUGGCAUACUUUCCUUUGUUCUUCCAAAUUAGUUGGAUUAAGUUUGUGGUUCAUUAAUUAUUAGUUGAUCUUGUUAGUGUGGUUUUCAAAACAAUUUCUCAAGAAAUUUUAUGAUUUUCUUUUUCUUUU